CGAGCGACGCGCAAACCACCGCAAGGGAUUCCCGCCCACCAUGGCUGUUAGCGGUGCAAAAUCUUAUCACUAGCGUCAGGGUGGCCACGGCCCGACUUAUCAACGGCUGCCCGGCUGGCCACCGAGUCAGGGGGACGGUCGCGACGCUGCCCAUGGCGGCUGCCCAUUUUCUGCCUGAUCCCAUUAAGACCCUGACGCUGCGCUGGUCUGGUCCACUCUGCCCCAGUCGGACGGAGACCUGAUCCCGAGAUUCCAUAAAAGCAUCGCCAGACUGCAGACUUCGGCCUCGUGCGGUACGAGAAUUUCUCAACCCUUUUUGCCCGGUUGUCUUCGUCGAGAUGUCUGCCGACGAGCCCUACCCGACCCGGGAUGCAUCCCGAUCGCCGAGUCCCGUCGACGAGAAGGAAAAGGCCGCCCAGGUGACGCAGACCAGCGUGGAUUCUGCUCCCAUAUCGCGAAGAUCCUCCUUCUCGGCGACCUACCCGGCCAGCAGCAGCCAAUUCGCCUCCACCCCCGCGACUGGGGCCCAAACCCCGGAUCCAUUGUUCGCCCAUUUGGCGGCUCCCGAUGAUGCGCUGAAGAAAUUCCCGCACACCAUUACACGCGCCCGGGAUGACAGCGAGGAUGACUCUUAUGGGUUGCCUGUCGCACGGCCCAGUCGCGGUGAUGCCGAUCCAACCGACGGCCAGCAUCUCAGCUACCGACGGCCUUCCCUGGCCCCGCGGGACCAGGAUUUUGCGGACGAGGCCGGCUCUCCACCACCCCCCAAGCGGACCCAGGGCCGGCCUCCGGAGAUUAGCAGUUUCGGCGCCGAGAUUGUGCUCGUUAUGGUCUGCUCCGCGGGUCUGAUGUUGUUCUCGUUCCUUCUGGGCGAUGUGUUGGCUCCCCAGCUGCAGUUUCGGGAAGCCCUCGGCAUCACCAACACCGAGCUGCCUUGGCUGGUCGGCUCAUUCAACGUGGCCAAUGGCCUCUCGGUCGUGGUGUCGGGCUCUCUGACCGACCUCAUGCCCCCGAAGAGCCUGAUGGUGGGGGCCUUCCUCUGGCUCAGCGCCUGGAACAUCAUCGGGGCCUUUUCCGUGCACCCGUCACGGUAUGUGCUGUUCUUCGUGGUGCGCGCCAUGCAGGGCCUUGCCAUCGGGGUGCUGGUCUCGGGCAGCAUGAGCAUCCUGGGCCGUGUCUACAAGCCGGGCAUUCGCAAGAACCGCGUGUUCUCGGCCAUGGCUGCCUGUGCCCCGUUCGGCUUCUCGCUGGGCGCCAUUGAAGGCGGGCUGCUCUACCGCCAUCUCCCCUGGAUCUUCGGCUGCAACGCCAUCAUCACCGCCAUUUGUGCCGUGGGGGCGUACUUUUCCAUACCUCCGCUACGACCCAUGGCGGAUACCGCAGGCGGGGAAGUGCCCUCCCUGCGCCAGUUCGACUUCCUCGGCGCGGCCUUUGCCGUGGGGGGCUGUGUCUGCCUGCUGUUCGGUCUGACGCAGGGUGGCGUGACCGACUGGUCGGUGUACACCUGCGUGCUGACCGCCGUGGGGAUCGUGCUGCUGAUCGGUCUGUUCAUCGUGGAGCGGUACGUGACCCGGCCGUUGAUUCCGACGCGGCUGUGGAAGACCAAGGGCUUCACGCCGCUGAUGAUCGCCUACUUUAUGGGCUUCGGGUCAUUCUUUGGCGCCUGGCAGUUCUACGCCAUCCAGUUCUGGCUGCGGAUUCAGCAUGCCAGUCCGAUUGACGUGGCAUUGUAUCAUCUGCCGAAUGCCAUUUUCGGCGUCAUCGCUACCUGGGUGGUCAGUCGCACCCUCCAUCUGGUACCGGGACAUUACAUCUACACCAUUUCCAUGUUCGCCUUUACGCUGGGCCCGGCCUUCUUUCUGCCUCAGACGCCAACCACGACGUACUGGGAGCUGUCGCUGCCGGGCGUGGCCUUGGUCACGUUUGGCCCGGAUCUCGCCUUUGCGGCGGCGUCCAUUUUCAUCACUAGUAACGUGGCACGCUCGUACCAGGGCAGCGCAGGCAGUUUGCUGGUGACGAACCAGAACUUGUCCUCGGCCAUCAUCACCAGUGUGGCGGAUGCGAUUGGCACGCGGGUGGACAAGCAGGCCGAUGGCAGUGUGGGACUCCAUGGCCUGCGGUCUAUCUGGUGGUUCGCGCUGGGGUGUCAGUUGGUGGCGGCGCUCAUCACGGUCACGUCGGUGCGGAUCCCCAAGGAGGAGGAGAAGGAGCAUGUUACGUGAUCUGCUUUGAUCCUGUUUGUUGAUACCCAUUUGUGGAGAAAUGGGAUUCCACCGGAUAGAUGAGGAUAUACAUAGAUUUCGGGUUAGAAAAAAGUACUUAAUUCUGAUGGACCAUAUGCUUGAAUGUCCCAGGUCAAUGCCUGUAGGAAAGGGAUCCAUCUUGAAACCCUAACCCGGGUGCAUGGAUGGACUCAUUACCCCAGUCAUCUGGCUGCCCUAUCAUCGCCACCAUGAACAUCAUCCUCUCACAAUUCC